AUGAUCACUGCAUCCACAAGCUCACGGAGAUAUCCUACCGACCUCCCGACGGACUCUGCAACGGAAAAGACGGAGAAAACCCACAGCCUGCUGUUCGUCAACUACGUACUCAGCGCUGCUAUUGUCAUUGGUAUGAAAAACUUCGUAGUGAUGGAUUCUCAGGGUCAUCUGAGCACCUUGGUUUCAGCUGUCACAGCUUUGUCAAUCUUUCUUUACGCACUUUAUCAAUACCUUCUUCCCAAACCGAUUCCCGGAGUUCCUUAUAAUGAAGAAGCGACCAAGUCCCUCUUCGGCGAUGUCCCCCGCCUCCAAAAGGAAUCUCAAAACAACAUCUUUGGAUGGAUGAUCGACCAAGCACGGAAGCACGGAAGCCCCGUCUUCCAAUUCUUCAUUGAGCCGUUUCAGAAGCCCUCCGUCUUGAUAACGGACUUCCGUGAAGGCCAAGAUAUUCUCAUGAGACGCAAGGAGUUCGACCGCUCCGACUUCAGCAUCGCCGUACUGGGUGGCGAAGCGCCCACGUUCCACAUCAACCUCAAGACGGGAACAGAAUGGAAGGCUCAUCGACGCUUGCUGCAAGAUCUAAUGACACCCAAGUUUCUUCACGACGUCGCAGCCCCAAACAUCUACAAAAGCGCCGCUCGUAUCUUGGAUCUUUGGAAGAUCAAGGUUGAGAUUGCUCCCGAAAAGCCCUUCAGCGCGGAGAAGGACAUCUUCUACGCCGCCCUGGAUGCGGUUUUCGACUUUGGCUUCGGAAACGCAGUUCAAGAUAGGGCGCUCAUCCCUCAAAUUGAGAAGCUCACAGAAAUGAGCGAUAAGGAGCUCCGUCGACUUGGCAAGACCGCCGCCAAAGAAGGUUUCGCAGACUUUCCAACGGCACCUAUUUAUCCACCCUUCGAAGCGACAUUGGAGUCAGUCGAGAACGUCGGUGGUGUGGCCGCUAGCGGUUUCCCCAACCUUGCUUGGUGGUUGGUUGGCCUGAAGCCGAGUGUGAAAAGAAUGAGGAGCGUUAGAAACGACUUUUUGAGGGACCAGGUCCUUAAAGCCGUUGAACGAUACGAGAAUCAGGGCCUUGAUGGUAACGAUGCAUACGUCAAGUCGGCUAUUGACCUAAUGGUGCAAAGGGAGGCUACCUUUGCGAAGAAGGAUGAAAGGCAACCAGUAUUCUGGUGUGAGACGAUGAAAGACGAGACACUCGGUUUCAUUGUCGCUGGACACGACACAACAAGUACUACUCUCUGCUGGGGUGUCAAAUUUCUCACAGAUAAUACAGCCUGCCAAAGUAGACUGCGCGAGAGCCUUCGUAGCGUGCAUACAUCAGCCAUUUCCGAGGCUCGGCCCCCUUCUCACGAUGAGAUUACUCGUUCAAGCAUUCCGUACUUAGAAGCCGUUGUCGAGGAGAUGCUUCGACUUGCGCACACAGCAAUAGUCCAAGAUCGCCAAUGCCAAGAAGACACCUUCAUAUUGGGACAUCGCAUUCCCAAAGGCACCACUGUUUUCAUAGCCAAUAAGGGGCCAAGCUUCACAGAACCAGGGUUCAAUAUUAACGAGAAGCUGCGCAGUCCGUCAUGUCAGGCGGCGGCGGACCAGCGCUGCCUUCGAGCCUGGGAGAAUGAGAACAUGGACAAGUUCUGGCCAGAGAGAUGGCUGGUCAAGAACGAAAAGGGGGAAGACGUGUUCAAUGCGGCUGCCGGCCCUACCAUUCCGUUCGGUCUCGGUCUCAGAGGAUGCUUCGGCCGCAAGCUGGCGUACAUGGAGUUAAAGUUGCUGACAACCUUGAUGGUGUGGACUUUCGAGUUCUUGCCCUGUCCUUCAAGCUUGUCGAGUUAUGAGGAUGUCGAGACUUUAACGCGGAAGCCAAAGCAAUGCUUCAUCAAAUUGCAGGUUCUCUGA